GUAGGAGGAGGGGCAGGGACAGUGAGGGAGAAUAAAACGGAAACGCUGCUGUUUAAACGCCGGCUUUUUGAGAAAUCCCGCGAUUGUCUGGUGGAACUGCUGUAAAUUCGGUAAAAGGAAGCGGGAGCUUGGACUGUGGUUGGGAAUCUCUCAGCCCUCUUCUGUAAUUUAGGCGCAUUUUAAUCCGAGCUCUACGAAGUGGGGGCCAUGAAGAGUUUGCCGUAUUUCUGCCGCGGUGAAGUGGUGCGAGGUUUCGGCCGAGGAAGCAAGGAGCUGGGAAUCCCCACAGCAAAUUUUCCAGACGCUGUUGUGGAGCACCUGCCAGGAGACAUCACUACUGGUAUAUACUAUGGCUGGGCCUGUGUCGGUCAUGGAGAUGUACAUAAAAUGGUCAUGAGCAUUGGUUGGAAUCCAUACUAUAAAAAUAAAAAAAAGUCUAUGGAAACGCAUAUUAUUCAUACUUUCAAAGAAGAUUUUUAUGGAGAAAUUCUGAGUAUAGCUAUUGUUGGAUAUAUCAGACCAGAAAAAUCUUUUGAUUCAUUAGACAACCAAGGAGAGAGAAUAGAGGAAAAAGACUUAAAAAAUUCCACUGUAAAACCAUCAGGACCAGAUUCCCUAAUCACAGCCAUUUACAGUGACAUAUCUGAGGCAAAAGAGAAACUAGAUUUGCCAGAAUACCAAAGUAUGAAGGAUGAUAACUUCUUCAGAUCAAUUCAAAACGAUAUGAUGAAUGGCCAUUGAGCAAGUCAGAACAAGAACUUAUGGAACUAACUGCUUUUUGUUUCUUGUAUCAUUUAAUGUGUGCUUUAGAAAUUGUUUAAUUUAGUGCUUUAACUGUGCUAAUUUCUGACCAAAUUUGAUAUAUUUCAUACAGAAUUGAACUUGUGUUUAAUGCGAUUAAUUUAUGCAAAAUGUAUGUGUAUGAUUGUGGGGGUAUCUUACAUUUCCUAGCUUUACAUUUGCACCUUAUUUGACUAAAAUCCAAGUGACUGCUGUGUUACUUGGUCAAUAACAACUUUUUUUUCAAAUUAUACCAUAGAAGGCUGGAAGUUCUUGAAGAUGAAGUGAGUGACUGCGUAAUGUGCCUUUAUGAUACAUUUUUAUUUGAGUGAAGUGUACUUCAGUGGGUUCAGUAUGUUCCUAUAGGGAAUGUCAAAUAAGUAUGUUGAAGAUGAUUAUUAUUGUCUUUUGAAUAACAAUUGUUUCUCAACGUUUGUCGGGGCGGAAAGAAAAAUAUCCUGAGCAUUUUUUUGUUACUAGAAAAUUUGUGUUUUAUUUUAUUAAUUUUUGGUCUGUGGGGAAAUGUUAUCACACUUAUGAUGGUAGCCCUUUGGUACAUUAGCCAAGUGAGAUUCAUUAGCUUAGGUUAGAAUGUGACUGUGGAGAAGUUCUUUACUCUUGCAGCACGUAUUAUAAUUGUGAGUUUCAAUGCGCCUACGGUCAGUAGGAGAUGUAAUUGAUUGUCAUCAGCAAAACUGUUCUCAAAUGUCGCAAUGACAAAUGAGAUAUCACUAAGUAUUUGUAGGAAUUAAAUUUGGAACUUGUGUAUUCCCAAGCAAUAUGAUCUGUUUAGCUAAUGAGUCAGCAAUGUCAAGGUUUCUGUUGCUCCUGACUAUGGCACCUGUACUGUUGGAUCAAGGCCAUGUUCUAUUGAGAAGUUUUUCUUUUUAAGGACUGUUUUAGAUAUUCAGUGGGUUUUAAAGAAGUAGAUAAAGAUCUCAAUUUGUCUGAUGUCAGUUUACUUUCCUAGCACAGGAUAAAUCAUACAGGCUACUCCUGCUGUCUAGUAGCCCAUUACAACUUUAUUUUCUUCAGGAUCUUAAGAUCUUUGUUUUUAUCAAACAUCAAAAAAAGAGCACUAGAAACACCCUUGUAAAUUUUGUCUUUAUUAACUGCUCUGUACAAAUUAAAAAAAAACACAUUUCUGCUGGUUACCUUCAGAAAUAGUAGCAGUUACUAUCUAGGCAUUAUGAGUCAACCAUCUGCUUACUGUGUUUGUCUAUUCCUUAGCUGCUGGAUGGCAAUGCCAUAAACCUGAUUAUAAUUAAAUUAUUUUUGGCGGUUUAUAGUGUAAUAUAGAUCAGCACUUUCUAUUGAGGCAAGUAUUGAGAAUUUUAUUUCAGUUACAAUUCUGUCUGAUAUAGAUGGACACACUUUGUUUUUUUUUAAAAACUGUGAGAAUAUCCCAUUCCUAAUUCCAAAUUUGGUGUGUGAUGCUUGCCUGUGAAUACUGAUAAUUUAUGGUGAAUAGUUUUCCUGUUGAGCACCAUAACAAUAAAUCACAAAUAAAGUAUAUCCAUAUCUGUCCAACACUGUUUUCUCUAAGCUUUGAUUGAGAAAGCACUUCAAUUCUGUCAUCACAAAAUAAGAUCAUCUUCAGCCCCAGGUGCCAUUUCAAACACUGAAAGUUUUAAGAUGGAGUUUAGAAAAGAUUUGGUGGGGUUUUUUGGUCCUCUUUUUUAAAUGCAGGCAUUUAUUUAUAGAAUUGAUGCUGUCAUGAAAAGUUAUACCAUCUCAAGGCAGGAACUGUCACAAGUUCCAACAGAUUUGGAAUUCCUACAUUCACGCUGGGAAUUGGUCCCCAGUAAAUUAAGACAUUUAUGUUUUUUUCUGUUUUGCAUUACUUUAAUUGGAAAGGAGUUGUUUGGAAUAUAAAAUAGCAGGGAAGACUAAAAUCCUUUAAUGAAAUCUGAAUUUACAAGCUGAACUGUCUAUAUUCAUACUUGGCCUCUAUUGCAUUUAUGUGUUAACUAUGCAGAUGCAAAUUAAUUCAAACUUUUGUGUUGAGUAUAAUAGAUUCCUGAGGGAAGACUGCAUUGUUGAAUGUUACUAUUUAUUCUUUGUCCUGAAUGUGUAUUGUAUGGAAUAUUUGGGGGUGGGGGGUGGUGAGAAACACUUUGAGGACACCCAGUGGAAAAUUCAUUGUCAUAUGCCACUUAUUUAAAAUUUAAGACCAAAGAGGGGCAUUUAUUUCUUUUGAUAUUAAAUAGAACUCAAUGUAUGGAAUAUAAGAUUUUGUUCUUUUUUUUUAAAUAUGAUGUGAAGUAUUUAUCUUAACUAUUUUAGUUUCUGGAGUGAAAGUGGUUAGUUGUUAAUUUUCUUAAAAUUGUUAAAGUUCUUAAUUUUUAGAAAACUACGUCAUCCACAGCCUCAAUGUAUUUAUGUCCUAAAUACAAUAAAAAAGAAACUUGAAAUCA